UGCAGCUAAACUUGCUGUCUCACUCAUGCUUCCUGGCUUCACUCACAUGCUCAGAGAGGGAAGAGCUGCAGAGUCUUAGCCGCACAUGAAGAAGCUCCGACUAUUUUAAACCACGUCGGAUUGGACUCAGGAUAUUUGUGUAUCUCUUGCGGCGUGUGACAGAUAGUAUGUACUAAGUGUAGCCACAGCAGAGCUUGAGUUCUUUUGUUUUACCUUUUUAUUUAGGGUUUUUCUCCAUCUGACUGUAGGGGGUCGUGUGUGUGUGUGUAUAUUUGAGUGAGUCUGCAUGUGUGUGUGAGAGAGAAAGAGCACCAGGAUGAUUGCGGCCCAGCUACUAGCUUAUUACUUCACUGAACUCAAGGAUGAUCAGGUUAAAAAGAUCGAUAAGUACCUGUACUCCAUGCGUUUCUCUGAUGAGACGUUGAAGGAAAUCACGCAGCGGUUUCGGAGGGAGCUGGUCAAAGGACUGGGGCGGGACACUAACCCCACUGCCGUCCUGAAGAUGCUGCCUACGUUUGUGCAGUCGAUCCCUGAUGGCUCAGAGAAGGGAGACUUCAUUGCGUUGGAUUUAGGAGGCAGUAACUUCAGGAUCCUCCGUGUCAGAGUGAGCCAUGAGAAGAAACAGACCGUUCAGAUGGAGAGUCAAAUCUACGACACACCUGAGGACAUCAUUCACGGCAGUGGAACAAGACUGUUCGACCAUGUGGCAGAGUGUCUCGGUGACUUCAUGGAAAAACACAACAUCAAAGACAAGAAGCUCCCAGUUGGAUUUACCUUCUCGUUUCCCUGCCAGCAGACCAAACUAGAUGAGGGCUUUCUGAUAACUUGGACAAAGCUUUUCAAGGCUAGUGGCGUGGAGGGCAUGGAUGUUGUGAAGCUGCUCAACAAAGCUAUUAAGAAGCGAGGAGACUAUGAAGCUGACAUCAUGGCAGUAGUGAAUGAUACCGUGGGAACGAUGAUGACCUGUGGUUUCGAUGACCGGCGCUGUGAAGUCGGCAUUAUCAUCGGUACGGGCACCAAUGCGUGCUACAUGGAGGAGCUGCGUCACAUUGACCUGGUGGAGGGAGACGAGGGCAGGAUGUGUGUGAACACUGAGUGGGGAGCCUUCGGAGACGACGGCAGACUGGAAGACAUCAGGACAGAGUUUGACAGAGAGAUAGACAGAGGCUCCAUCAACCCCGGCAAACAGCUGUUUGAGAAGAUGGUCAGUGGUAUGUACAUGGGGGAGCUGGUUCGUCUCAUCCUGGUGAAGAUGGCCAGAGAAGGCCUGGUGUUCGAGGGAAGGAUCACCCCUGAGCUUCUCACUAAGGGGAAGAUUGAGACCAAACACAUCUCAGCCAUAGAGAAGAGUAAGGAGGGGUUGGCCAAGACCAGAGAGAUUUUAAACAGACUUGGUGUGGAGCCCUCAAAUGACGACUGCAUCGCUGUGCAGCAUGUUUGCACCAUUGUGUCUUUCCGCUCUGCCAACCUGAUAGCUGCCACGCUGGCGGGCAUCCUGCUGAGGCUAAAGGAGAACAAAGGUGUGGCACGACUCCGAACAACUGUAGGCAUUGAUGGAUCUCUAUACAAGAUGCACCCACAAUAUGCCCGUCGUCUUCACAAGACCGUCCGUCGCCUGAUCCCGGACACUGAUGUACGAUUCCUCCUAUCAGAGGCGGGUAGUAGUAAAGGAGCAGCCAUGGUGACGGCUGUGGCCUACCGACUCGCCGAACACUCACGAGAAAUUGCCCAAACACUGUCCGAAUUCCGCCUGUCGACCAAACAACUGCUGGAGGUAAAGAAGAGAAUGAGGACCGAGAUCCAAAAUGGCCUUUCAAAGAGCACUCAGGACUCUGCUACUGUCAAAAUGCUGCCAACCUUUGUAAACAGCACUCCUGAUGGCUCAGAGCAUGGGGAUUUCCUGGCUUUGGAUUUAGGAGGAACCAACUUCCGAGUUCUGUUGGUUAAGAUUCGUUCUGGUAAGAGGAGAACAGUGGAGAUGCACAACAAGAUCUACGCUAUUCCUCUAGAAGUGAUGCAGGGCACAGGAGAGGAGUUGUUUGAUCACAUUGUACAGUGCAUCAGUGACUUCCUGGACUACAUGGGGAUGAAGAACGCUCGUCUUCCUCUGGGCUUCACCUUCUCGUUCCCCUGCCGUCAGACCAGCCUGGACGCUGGAAUCCUGGUGACAUGGACUAAGGGCUUCAAGGCGACAGACUGUGAAGGAGAAGAUGUGGUGGGCCUGUUGAGGGAUGCCAUCAAGAGGAGAGAGGAAUUUGACCUGGAUGUAGUGGCCAUAGUGAACGACACAGUGGGAACCAUGAUGACCUGCGCCUACGAAGAACCCAACUGUGAGAUUGGACUCAUCGCUGGCACUGGCAGUAAUGCAUGUUACAUGGAGGAGAUGAGGAACAUCGAGAUGAUAGAUGGAGAUGAGGGACAGAUGUGUGUCAACAUGGAGUGGGGGGCUUUCGGAGACAACGGAUGCCUUGACGACAUCAGGACAGAAUAUGACCGUUCUGUGGAUGACUUCUCCCUCAAUCCAGGCCAACAAAGAUAUGAGAAAAUGUGCAGCGGCAUGUAUCUCGGUGAAAUUGUACGAAACAUCCUGAUAGAUAUGACCAAGAAAGGAUUCCUGUUCAGAGGACAGAUUUCUGAAACUCUCAAGACAAGAAGCAUCUUCGAAACAAAGUUCCUCUCACAGAUAGAAAGUGACAGAUUGGCUUUGCUGCAGGUGAGAUCCAUCCUGCAGCACUUGGGGCUGGACAGCACCUGUGAUGAUAGUAUUAUAGUCAAAGAGGUGUGUGGAGCAGUGUCACAUCGUGCAGCGCAGCUGUGUGGGGCAGGAAUGGCGGCCGUGGUCGAUAAGAUCAGAGAGAACCGAGGAGUGGACCAUCUGAACAUCACUGUAGGGGUGGACGGGACACUCUACAAACUACAUCCACAUUUCUCCGGGGUCAUGCACCAGACAGUGAAAGAACUGGCUCCGAAGUGUAGCGUCAACUUCCUGCUGUCGGAGGACGGCAGUGGGAAAGGAGCUGCACUCAUCACAGCCGUGGGCUGCAGGAUAAGACAGGAGCUGAACAAUAAAUAGAAAAUAUAUCUCUGUCUCACUGUUACCUCCCCAUUGUUCGGUGUUUCCCCUCUCUCCUCCUUCCUUUUCUUUCCCCUUGUCUCCUGUCCUCCUGAAUCCAGCCAGUCCAGUCAACGUAUCGCGCACUUGUAGCUGCUUUAGCCCGUCUUCAUGACAGAGAGGAGAUACUUUUCUCUGCUGUGUUAGCUAGCAGAGAGCCAGGCACUAUGUUGUAGUUAGAUUAUGUUUAACUAUUGUAACAAUACCCAGACUCUUAAUGUGUCUGAGGUUAAAUGUAUAGCGGUGAAACACACACAUUUAAACCUGUAAAAGAGUCCACACACUCCUGUAAUGCUCUCAUGAUGCUAUCAUUGCCAUGUGAAGGAUUCCUCUCAUGAUUCUGUUUCAAUAUACCAAGUACAACCAUUUCAAGAUCAGUUUCAAUAAGCAUGCAACAUGUUCAGUAGACGCAGGGACAUCAAAACCAAACGUAUCCAAAGCGUGUUUGCUGUCUCUACAAGAUGUAAAAGGUAUAUUAAAAUGUUUAAUAUCUUACCCAAAUAUGAUACAAUAUGUUAUACAGACAUUGUUGCUAUUUAUUUUAUUUUUGUAUUGCGCAGUUAAAAAAAAAAAGAAAGUAAUGAGGCACACAGAGGAAGCCAUCGUUAAAGUCCACUCAGUCGGUACCUGUCCUGUAGAGGAGGAUUUAAUCAACAGUGUCAGAGCAGAAGGGUGGAAAAAGGGAGACUUUUACUGUGCUUGAUCUGCAGGAGAUGUCACAUGCUUACUAAAUGUGCAGAUUAGGUCUAAUUUAUGAGAGCAACCUUACUGUAAUGUGCUCUACUGUAAAAUAUGUCCAAAGAGCAAUUGUAUGUUAAGUAGAAAUCCUGUUAUUGGUUCUAAGCUAUUGAUAAGUGCUUGUUGUUUUGUCAAGAAGUGCUGGCUACCCUCACCCUCAGUGAGACGUACCAGUUACUUCCUAACAGCCAUGAAACAGGAAUGCGGUGCUAACAUAGAUUCCAGUGGAAAAGCUACGGCCAAACUGUAUAUCAAGAAUAUUACAGUAUAGCACUCUCUCUACGCCGUUACGCUCCUGAAGACUCAGGAGGGUGUUUAAGUGAAGUGCUGUAUGGUUCAUUCAAGUAACACAUUCAUGUAGCGUCAUGUGAUUUUUAAUAAUAUGUUUUUGCUGUUAAUGAUACUCGUUAAAAGACGGGUGAAUUUAUUCACUGGUGUUUUUCUGAGACAUAUUUUCAUUGUAGAAGCGUCCCUGAACAAAAGCUUAUACAAGAUGGCUGGCCUCUCCAGCGGGUCCUAAACUAGUAGAAGAGCUUUUGGACUUUAAUCUCUUUGCUUCUGUUCAUAAAACCCAGACUGAAUCUGUCAUUCAAUAAACAAAGACAAACUUGUGUCAAUCCAA